AUGCACAUUUUGCAAGAGACAACAGUUGGAUACGCGCUGUUCAGAAGCAGCCCGCUCGAGUUGGAAGAGCUAAGAAGAUUUUCAGACUCAAAGGACGCGGUCGAUUCGAUAGAAAAAGCAGCCUCCGGAGAGGUGCCCAGCGGGGUUAUUGAGCUACUCACGAAAGGAAAUGUAAAGUCCCUUGCAGUCUCCAACGCAAAGCUGGCAAGCGCUGUUCAGACAGAGAUGGAAAAGCAGGGCAAGGCGCCAAAAAUGGUGCAGGGAGAAGAGGCUGAGAGUCUUAUUAAGGAGAUACACAGCAGGCUCCCCGAGCUCCUUGACAUCUCGGAGAAAGAGAUGAGCAAGCUUUCUCUGCUUCUCUCGCAUGCCAUGUGCAGGGACAGGCUGAAGCUGACGCCGCAGAAGAACGACAUGGUCAUAGUUCAGACGAUCAAAGUCAUCGAUAAGCUUGAUAAAGACAUAAAUAACAAAUGCAUGCGCCUCCGAGAGUGGUACGGGAUGCACUUCCCGGAAAUCGGCGAGCUUGUGGAGGAAAACAGCCGGUACUUGGAAAUAGUGAGCAAGCACGCAAGCAGCGAGGAGGAUCUGAUGAAGGACGAAACAGUUCCCGAGGGUGUCAAAGAGGCGCUUUUGAAGACCCUCGGCGGAGAAAUAACGCAGGAAGACCGCAGCCUGAUCGCAGAGGCUGCAGCCACCGUGCUGAACAUGUAUGCGGCAAGAGAGAAGCUGCACGAGCACCUCUACAGCCGAAUGGCUGACAUAGCGCCAAACUUGCUGGAGCUGCUGGGGUCUUUGAUGGGCGCGCGCAUUAUAGCGCAGGCUGGGUCGCUGACCGAGCUUGCAAGAAAGCCUGCCUCAACCAUCCAGAUGAUGGGCGCAGAGAAGGCGCUGUUCAAGGCCAUGAAAGAAAAAAAGAACACGCCCAAGUACGGAAUCGUGUACAACUCCACAUAUGUUGGACAGGCUCCGCUCGAAAUAAAGGGGCAGGUGGCCAGGACGCUUGCGUCAAAGAUAGCGAUAGCAAGCAGGUGCGACGCCUCGGGCGAAGAGGCCUCGGGCGACUAUGGGAUAAAGGCGCGCGAAGACAUUGAAAAGCGAGUGGCUGCCUUGUCGCAGAAGAAGAACGCGUCAAAGAAGAUGCAGCUUGCGCAGACAAACAAGUUUGCCAUGAAGAGGCCGUCGGCUGCGCAGGAGUCUUUCAAGAAGAAGAAGUACUAG